AUGAGUGCGCAGGAACCGCCGGUACCUCCGGUGGUAGCGAAUUCGUUUCGUUUGUCAUCGGAGAGACUUAUGGCACCGGAUGAAGGCCAUGAUCAGAUCUCAAUGACUUCCUCGCAGAGGGUUAAACAUGGGGGCGGAUUCAAGAAGGGACUUGGGUUGGAGAAGAUUGCGAGGAGGAGUUUGGGCUUGAUCAUGCUUACUAUAACGGUCUUUUUGUGGACGAGUUCGAAUUUUCUUGCCAGUUACAUCUUUGCAGAUAAUACAUAUUCCAAACCAUACUUUGUAACAUACAUCAAUACCUCCUUCUUCGCCAUGUCGCUACUUCCUAUAUUUCUGCGCUUAGUUCACAAACAUGGCAUGGCACAUAUAAAACAAUCUACAAUCGAAUACUGGCAAGGUCGAGGAGAUGGCUACUCCGGCGUAGGAAGCAAAGCAGGAAACGGCGACGAAGAAGCUGAAGAUCCCAUGUCAGCCUCCCAAACCCGUCUACUCGUAGACGAAAACGACAAUGGCCCAGCCCUCAGCAUGUCGGGAGACCCAAGUCCCCCAGAAGAAGGCCAACUCAGCGUCCCAGAAACCGCACGGCUAAGCUUGGAAUUCUGCUUCCUCUGGUUCAUCGCCAACUACUUAGUCGCCGCGUGCCUAGAAUACACAAGCGUAGCGAGUUCCACGAUCCUCACCUCCAUGAGCAGUAUCUUCACCCUCAUAUUCGGCGCCCUCCUUCGCGUCGAAGCAUUCUCCUACAAAAAACUCAUCGGAGUCCUCGCGUCCCUCACUGGCAUCGUCCUCAUCUCCCUCGUCGAUCUUUCCGGCAAAGACAACGACGAAAACCGCGGCGACUUCCCACAUAAAUCACACACAGAAAUUGCUAUUGGAGAUGGGAUGGCGUUUGGAAGUGCGGUUAUGUAUGGUAUCUACGCCAUUGUCAUGAAAAAGCGAAUCGGGAAUGAAGAUCGUGUGAACAUGCCAUUAUUCUUCGGCUUGGUGGGGUUAUUUAAUUGCAUGCUCCUCUGGCCCGGAUUCUUCAUUUUGCAUUUCACGGGUGUAGAGAAAUUCCAGAUGCCGCCUACGAGUAAGAUCUGGAUUAUCGUACUCGCCAACUCAGCAUCCUCAUUCAUCUCAGACUACUGCUGGGCCUACGCCAUGCUCCUCACCACCCCCCUCGUCGUCGCCGUCGGCCUCAGCAUGACCAUCCCGCUCUCCCUGAUCGGCCAGAUGAUCCUCAGCUCCCAGUACUCGAGCGCGUUGUAUUGGGUUGGUGCCUGCAUCGUCCUUCUUAGUUUCUUGUUUGUGAACCAUGAGAGUAAGGAUGAGGAGGUGGGGAAGGAGGAGGUGGAGAUGGGUGGGGGGGUGUAG